GUGUCCUUACCUCCUUCCUGUGUUUUCUAUGUGCGGCGCUGAGGACGGUUCUAAUUUACGAUGCUACAUGAUAUAUAUAUGUGAGACACUAACCAGCUAGCAGGUAGUAUACAUACACUCAUGAGCUCACAACCCUCUUUGCCGAGACAUAUUGAGGCCAAAUAACAACAUGGACUUAACAAGUCUUACCGCAGUGUGGUGGGCCGUGGCUCUUCUUUUCAUCACCGUGUUAGUCACCAAGAUUUCAAGAGCAAGAUUCACCACCGUUGAUCUACAUCGUACAACAGGUCAACUUCCUCCCCUGGUGAAUGGAGUUGCUCUCCUCAAACUAUUACCUACCCUUUUCAACAAGGGUCUACCGGCAAUGAUGAAUGAUCUAUAUGUCAAAUAUGGCAGUGUAUUCAUGGUAAGUUCAUUUGGAGUGAAGGUAACACUGUUGAUCGGGCCAGAGGUGACGGCUCAUUUCUUCCAAGGUCUGGAGUCGGAGAUUAGCCACGGUAAUCUGUUUGAGUUCACUGUGCCCAUGUUUGGUGAAGCAGUUGGUUAUGGCAGAGAUACCGCCACCCGAACUGAACAAAUGCGCUUCCAUAUCGAAGCAUUGAGACCAUCAAGGUUGAGGAGCCAUGUUUAUCCCAUGCUUCAAGAAGUGGAGGGUUACUUUGCAAAAUGGGGAGAUGAAGGCAUAGUUGAUCUAAAGCUUGAGUUCGAGAAGUUACUCAUGUUGAUCUCAAGCAGGUGUUUGCUCGGAAAAGAGGUUCGGGAGAACAUGUUCGAUGAAGUCUACACACUAUUUCACGAGAUUGAAGACAAUGGUGUGACUUUGAUCAGCUUCUUGUUCCCAUAUCUCCCAUCUCCAGCAAACCGGCAGCGAGAUAGAGCGCGCAUAAGGCUAACACAAAUCCUUUCUGAUGUCGUCAAUUCCCGUAAGAACUCUGGCAGAGUUGAGGAGGACACGCUGCAGAAAUUGAUCGACUCUAAGUACAAAGAUGGUCGCCCUACAACGGUAGAAGAGGUAGUCGGGCUAAUCAUUGGCUUGUUGUUUGCUGGAAAACACACCAGCUCUCACACUAGUACUUGGACUGCAGCUUGUUUACUCAGCCAUCCAACUUUCUUGAGAGCUGCCAUUGAGGAGCAACAACAAAUCAGUAGCAAAUACAAGGACAUGGGGCUAGACUACAAUGCAUUUAUAGAGAUGGAUACACUACAUAGUUGCAUCAAGGAGGCACUAAGGAAGCACCCUCCAACACCAAUGCUGGUCCGCAGAGCACAUAAGAGCUUCAUGGUGAAGACGAAAGAGGGCAAAGAAUAUGACAUCCCGCAAGACCACAUCGUAGCAACUCCCACUAUAGUCAACAAUAACAUCUCUUAUAUCUAUAAGGACCCUCAGGUAUAUGAUCCAUGCCGGUUUGGCCCCGAAAGAAGAGAAGACAAAGUAGGUGGCAAGUUCUCUUACACGUCAUUUAGCGGUGGACGACACAUUUGCACCGGGGAGGCCUAUGCUUACAUGCAACUUAAAGUGAUAUGGAGCCAUUUGCUGAGGAACUUUGAGCUCGAAUUGAUCUCCCCUUUCCCCAAGACAGACUGGAGCAAGUUCUUGCCAGAGCCACAAGGAAAACUACUCGUAAAAUAUAAGAGGAAUGGCAUUGUGCAGUCACUUAAUUAGUUGAUCCACUGCAACCUAUAUGUGUAUAUGUACGCUUACUUCUGUGUAAUAUCAAUGCAAUCGUGUUUGGAUGCCACAUUUAGUGGCGGACUUGGCUUUGAGUGCUAGUAGUUCCGUACCCACAAUUAUGUUCAUCAAGAAAUAAAUACAUAGUCUUGGUUGGUUUCUAUGUCA